AAACUUCCUUGUCCUUCGCUAACCUGCCUUCAUGCCGCAAUACACUACCACGCGCAUUGACCAAGAAGUGGACCUUCGCGUCGGCGCCGACAACAGUCAGUUCCCACCCACGACGUUCCCGACGACAUUUCUCGCCACGGCGGCCAAGUUCGCGUCCCAGCCGGCAUUGCACUACAAACGCGACGGCGAAUGGUGCGCAUGUUCGUCCUUCCUCCAUAGUCUGCUGACAUUGUGGUUCCACCUCUGCAGGCAUCAUCACACGUGGCAACACUACGAAGCCACAAGCUUCCGCUUCGCCAAAGCGCUGCUGAGCCAAGGACUCAACCGGUUUGACACUGUGGGCAUUUGUGGGUUCAAUGCUUCGGAAUGGUUUUUCUCGUUCGUUGGCACCGUCCUGGCCGGCGGUGUCCCCGUGGGCAUCUACGCGACCAACAGCGCCGCGGCCACGCAGCAGGUGUGUCUUCAUGCCGACACGCGGAUUGUGGUCGUGGACAGCGUCGAACAGCUCGAGAAGUUUGCGUCUCUCGUACCCGCUUUGCCCAAGCUGCAGGCCAUUGUGCUUUGUACAGUCUUAUUCGAUACAUUUCGUCAACUCACGCCUUCUUCCUUUGCCAUUGUAGGGAACGACUCGGUGCCAGCAGGUUUUGAAUGCCAUAUCCGGGUCUACUCAUUCGAGGCGUUCAUCGCCUUGGGAGAAGCCGUGGACGACGUGGUUGUCCGCGCCCGCAUCGCGUCGCAACGCCCAGGCCACUGCCUCUCGCUCAUCUACACGUCGGGCACGACGGGUCGCCCCAAGGGCGUGAUGGUGUCCCACGACGCCUUCAUGUUCGCGCAGGCGUCGCUCAUGCACCCGUUCACGACCGACGACUUCAACAACAACGAUCGCAUGGUCAGCUUCCUGCCGCUGUCGCAUAUUGCUGGCCAGGAAUGCGACAUCGGGUGCCAGGCCGUGCACGGAUCGCAUGUGUACUUUGCACAGCCGGACGCGCUCAAGGGGUCUCUGGGCGCGACGCUCAAGGAAGUCCGGCCGACGUUCCUGCUCACGGUGCCGCGGUUGUUUGAAAAGUUUAUGGAGAAGAUGCAAGACGUAGGCCGGUCCACGACGGGGCUCAAGAAAGUACUCGUGACGUGGGCAAAGGGCGUCGGCGCCGCCACCGUCGCGGCGUCCGUGUUCGGCCAAUCGGGCGAAGUGCCGUGGGGGUUUUGGCUGGCCGACUACCUCGUAUUCCAGAGGGUACGCCAAGCAUUGGGGUUAGACUGCUGCAAGUUUUUCUACGCGGGCGCGGCACCCCUGUCGCAGAUUUGCUUUGACUACUUUGCCGCCCUCAACAUACCCAUCUACGGGGUCAUGGGUAUGAGCGAAACGUCUGGGAUAGGGUUUUGCAACUUUCCAGACCAGUUCAAACCCUUGGCAAUUGGAACCAAGAACGUCGGCACCGAGUUCCGAAUCGACCCGUCGACUGGCGAGCUCGACCUGCGCGGCCGACAUGUGACGAUGGGGUACCUCAAGGACAAAGGUGAGACCGAUCGGGCGAUCGACGCCGACGGGUGGCUGCACACGGGGGACAUCGCGCGCGUAGACGCCGACGGGUUUGUGACCAUCACAGGUCGGCUCAAGGAGCUGCUCAUCACGGCGGGCGGGGAAAACGUGUCGCCGGCGGGGCUGGAGGACGUGCUCAAGCAGGAACUGCCCAUCCUAUCGAAUGUCAUGGCCGUGGGGGACCAGCGCAAGUUUAUCGCCGCCCUCGUGACGUUUCGCGUCGUGGCCGACGGCGACGGUGUCCCCACCGACCAACUGGAUGCGUUGGCUGUGCGGGUACUUGAACAAGACGUCGGGUCCUCUGCCAAGACGGUCGCCCAAGCCAAAAUCUGCGACAGAGUCCGCGCGUACAUCGACGCAGGCCUCGUCCGCGCCAACGCACGCGCCAUCUCCCGCGCCCAACACGUUCAAAAGGUGGCCAUUCUCGACAAGGACUUCAGCAUCCCAGGUGGCGAGUUCACGCCCACGUUGAAGCUCAAGCGAUCGGUCGUGUUGAAUCAGUAUGCCCACGUCGUGGACGCAUUGUACCAAUAGUAGUUUGUCCUUACAGUUAAUAUAAUUAAUACGUAGUAAUAAUAGUACCCGUA